GUCCCCGGGCUCGCGCAGCAUCCUAGACCGUGCUAGGCGGAUGGGAGGAUGGGUGGAGGACACGCCGUAGGCUGCUCGGCAAAGUGAAACGUGCGGUUUCCCUCGCGGUCCGCAUAUCCGGCGCGAGCGCGGAGCGUGCGCGAGUAUCGGCUUUGCUGCGCAGGUGCCAGCACGGGGGGGUCCGGGAGACCGGGAUUCGGACUCUUACCAAAACCGGGUCGUCUCCGCACCAGCUGCUGAAGAUAGCCGGGCGGGUUCUGCGAGCUGUCGGCCACCUGAGGCGCUCCCCUUGGGUCCUCUCUCUUCUCUUCUGGGCAACUUUUCCUCAGCCGGCGACCCAGUUCUGACAACAUGGAGGGCCAGGAUAAGCAGGUGACAGGCUACCUCCUGUUCUCCUUGUCCACGGCGGUGAUCGGCUCGCUGCAGUUCGGUUACAACACGGGAGUGAUCAACGCUCCUGAGGAGAAACUGCGCUCUUUCUUCAACGACACCUGGAUGGAGCGUUACGGCGAGCCCAUCGACGCGGACGUGUGCACCGUCGUGUGGAGCUUCGCCGUGGCCAUCUUCAGUGUGGGCGGGAUGGUGGGCUCCUUUAGCGUCGGCGUCAUGGCCAACCGGUUCGGACGACGUCGCUCCAUGUUCCUGGUGAACAUCCUGGCUGUGAUUGGUGGCCUCCUUAUGGGCUUCUCCACAAUCUGCUCCUCAUAUGAGAUGGUGAUCGCUGGGCGUCUGGUCAUCGGUCUGUUCUGCGGCCUCUUCACCGGCCUGACGCCCAUGUACGUGGGCGAGGUGUCUCCCACCCCGCUCCGUGGAGCCUUUGGCACCCUGCACCAGCUGGGUGUGGUGCUGGGCAUCCUCAUCGCACAGAUCUUUGGUCUGGAGUAUCUGCUGGGCUCAGAAAAGCUGUGGCCCCUGCUGCUGUCUCUGACUGUGGCCCCCGCUGUGCUGCAGUGCAUCCUGCUGCCCUUCUGCCCCGAGAGCCCCCGCUUCCUGCUCAUCAACCUCAACCAGGAAGAGCAGGCACGCAAAGCCCUGGUGCGUCUGCGGGGCAGCGAGGACGUGAGUAAAGACAUGCAGGAGAUGAAGGAGGAGAGCGCCAAAAUGGCGGAGGAGAAGAGGGUCACCAUCCCUGAGCUGUUCCGCUCCGCCACCUACCGCCAGCCGCUCCUCAUCGCCGUCAUGCUGCAGCUCUCUCAGCAGCUGUCUGGGAUCAAUGCUGUCUUCUACUAUUCUACUGGUAUUUUUAAAUCAGCUGGUGUCAAGCAGCCCAUUUACCCCACCAUUGGAGCUGGACUUGUCAACACCGUCUUUACUAUUGUAUCUCUCUUCCUGGUGGAGAAGGCGGGCCGUAGGACUCUACACCUGCUGGGACUGGUUGGGAUGGCUUUCAGUGCUGUGCUGAUGACCAUCUCCCUUCUGUUGAAGGAGAAUUCGGUCAUGAGCUACGUGGCCAUUUGUGCGGUGAUGAUGUUUGUGGCGAUGUUUGAGAUUGGCCCUGGUCCGAUCCCCUGGUUCAUUGUGGCAGAGCUGUUCUCUCAGGGGCCCCGGCCGGCGGCCAUGGCCGUGGCCGGCUGUUCCAACUGGACGGCCAACUUCCUGGUUGGAAUCAGCUUCCCCAAACUAGAGAAACUGUGCGGCCCCUGGGUCUUCCUCAUCUUCACUGGCUUCCUGCUCAUCUUCAUAAUCUUCACCUUCUUCAAAGUGCCAGAGACCAGGGGCAAGACGUUCGACGAGAUCGCCCGCUGCUUCAGCGGGGACCCGCCUCCCAUCUCUCAUUUCUCUGUGGAGGCCCCUCCUGCCGCCGCCGGACCCAGUGCCGCGACGACGGCCCCGGCCUCACCGGUGAAGGAGAAGGUCCCGCUGUUCGAGGCCCACACGACAGCCCCACCUCCGCAGCAGGAGAGUCUGUAG